GGAAGGAGGAGGAGACUGAACAGGUCGUACAGACAGAAGGGUGCAUCGAGGAAGGCACCUAUGUCACGCUGCUAUAGUCAAGAUUCCUUACAGUUCACUGAAAGAGAGGAAAACCCAGAGUGGACAAAAAGAACAGAUAGUGUUAAAUAGAGUUGCAUGUGGUAGGAUAGGGAUUUGAGCAACAGACAGGUAUGGUAUACUGUAGAUCAGAUGCAUCCAAAAUGGCACAUCUCACAGUAUAGCUGACGACUGAGCUGGUCUGGGGAUUGGAUUGCGGUCAACUCGGCCUGAACUCGACCUCCGGUUUAGAACCAAUCUCAUUGACCACCUGGCAGAUCAUCAGCGACCUACGACUUAACGAUCUGUUGGGAAUCUACACAACACGUGCCAGGUAUGUAUGAAAACUCCCUCCACUGAUUGACUUCUACUUUAUGCCUAGUUUCUUAACCUCUAGGUUAGUAGAGAAUAAGCAAGAAGUGAAGAAGUAACUUGUUGAUGUAUUCACCUGGGUUGGGGUCAAUUCAGAAAGUAAACCAAAUUCCAAUUCCAAAUUUUCCCCAGUGAAAAGCAUUGAAGAGUAUUGGAAUUUCAAUGUAUUUCCUGAAUUUACUGGAAUUGACCCCAUCCCUGGUACUCACAACAGUGUUGAUUAACCCAAAAUUAUUUUAGCAUAUAGACAUGUUCACAAUGUUGUAGAUAUAAAUUACUUUGACUGAAUCUGAAUGUUCUUCAACAUCAUGGCCACCUGCACAGGGCCUAGGUUUUCUGAAGGCCUCAGGUCCAGCAGCGCUGUACUAUACCACCUAACUGGGUCUAAGCUAGCCUUUCAGAUCAGCUGUCCCUCGCUCUACUAAGAUCUAGAUCUAGAUCAGUCUGAGUUUGGCAGAAAAGUCACCCUCCUUGUGGCUUUCUCCGGGAGGGGUGUCGCGACACAAAAUGGCCACCAUUUGUCACAAUUAUGGGCCCUUUUGAGUUCAACUCACUACCUAUUAAAAGGUUUGGAGGGAGAAAGGUCCUGCAAAUGAGUAAAUGCCAGCCGUAUGGUACCACACUGUAGUGUCAUUGUAGUCAUGUGUCUGUUCUUGAGGUAGUCUUAUUUUGUGUGGAGUUUAUGCUUUAUGUGUCACGGUACUGUAGAUAUUAUGUAAAAUACAGAAAGGUGUGUGAUUACAUAAUUUAUAUACAGUUUGUGAAGAGUGUGCUGGUUAUUUGAAAAUACAGGAAAUCCGUUUCCUGUCAUUAGAGAGCUGAACUCAACCACAGAGUUAUAGAGUUAGCAAGAAAGUUAGAGAGAGACAGCAUGUGUGAAAUGGAGAAUCCAAAAUCACAAGGAAGGAAAAUGACAUGAUGAGGAUUUAACACUGACAACCACAUUCCUAUUCAGAGGAGAUUAAAAAAAAAACGUAUAUUACAACAUUAGGGGCCAUUUUUUAGUCUUGGACUACAAAUCACUUUCAAUUGAGAAUCUCCAUUUAACUUGCUUCUUAGUCCAAGACUAGUCUUAAUCUGGGUCAGAGAAGACAGCAUAAUACUGCUUUAAUAGUGUCAUGUCAAAAGUGUAACCUGACUGGAUGAGUUUGUGUGUGUUGUGUUCUUCCUGCAGACAGUGAUGGAGGUGUCUGUGCAGCUGUAUGUGUCGCUGUUGAGUGGAGCGGUCCUCCUGUCACUCAUCCUGUUGACUGGCCUGUGUCUCAGCUGCAGAAGACACAACCUCCCUAGUAAUACCAAUGCUUUGUUACUAUACCCCUGAUGGAAUCAAUAAAGUUGUAUUUAAUUAAAAUGGGCUCUAUGUAUGUAAAAGUUAAUGCUGUAAAUGAGAAAGUGUUCUUCUCAGUCAGCUUAACUGGUAAAAUAAGGGUUAAAUGUAAAUAAUUAGAAAUAAUAAAACGCAUUUACAGAACUUUUUUUUACCCCUCAGCGUCCAUUCAGCAGCGUUACAGUGAGGAUUACACUCAACAGUAAGCACUUUUUGAUAAAACAACUAUUCAGUGCCUAUUCAUAAAAAUUAAACAAAAUAUUCAAACGUUUUCUGUGGCACUUGUAAUAUAUGUCCGGUGCACUGUGUAAGUGUCCCCGACAAAAAGUGGGCCUGAAUGUUUGCACAAAUCUCCAGUUGAUAUCAGUGCAUGUACAGUGUUGAGUCAGGUUACGAUUCAAACCUCUACCAACGCUCUGGUUUCUUCUCCACUCAGCACCCCAGGAUUCGGGUUGGCCCACCGACCAUGUGAGUAUGUGUGUGAUGGCUAAAGUUCUACCCAAAUCUUUUCAUGAUACUUCUUUAGAAAAAUGUAUGAUGAUGAUGAUGACUAUGACGAACCUUCCUCCUCAGACAACCCCUCUGCUGCCACAAGCUGUGGCGCUCCCCCUUCCAGCCUCCUUUCACCCAUGUGAGUUACUACACACACACAAACAAACGCACGCACACACAUACGUGACUGACUCACAGACAAUGACUCAUAUUACCCGUCAAGCGAAAUGUACCCGUCUUUCUAUCCCACAGUUCACCACAGACCGUUGGGAGACCGAACUCUGUCACCCCAAUUGAAAAUGGUGAGAUGUCUCUUCCUGUCUAUUUUCUCCCCUUUGGUUUCUUUCUUCCACCACCAUCUCCAUAACGUCACAGUUCAGUUCCUUUUUAAUAGUUAGCUUUGUUCUUGCAGAGAGUAAUGACGGCUAUGAGACUCCAGGAGAAGGUAAUGUGAACGCUAUUAUCCUACCAUGUUCAAUAACACUGAUCCCCUCAAACUUUUGUGUACAGUAACUGCUGAAGAAGUUUAGAAAAAUGGCACAUUGCUCCUUAGGUGAAAAAAUGUUUUAUUGUCACAUACACCAGAUAUGUGCAGUGAACUGUAUUGUUUUACAGGGUCAGCCAUAUGACGCCCCUGGAGCCAGGGUUAAGUGCCUUGCUCAAGGGCACAUUGACAAAGAUUUCACUUUGUUGACUUGGGUGUUUGAACCAGCAACCUUUUGAUUACUGGCCCAAUGCUCUAACCGCCAGGCUACUGUACCUGCCUACUUUUGCACCUACUCAGACAAUUGGACAUUAAACCAUUCAUAUACUCUGACGUGAUUGAUUGACAGCUGUGUGUGUGUCCGUGUGUCUCUGCGGAUGUGCUCUCUCUGUUCUAUAGAGUAUGUCAACGUGGACGACUAUGAACCAGGAUCAGGCUACCUGUGAGUGUUCAUUUAAUUUAGACAAAAUACACUGAGUAUACCAAUCAUUAGGAACACCUUCCUAAUAUUGAGUUGCACCCCCCCCCCCCCCCCCCACCCCCCCCCCCCCCCCCCCUUUCCCUCAGAAGAGCCUCAAUUCGUCGGGGCAUGGACUUUACAAGGUGUUGAAAGCGUUCCACAGGGAUGCUGGCCCAUGUUGACUCCAAUGCUGCACACAGUUGUGUCAAGUUGGCUGGAUGUCCUUUGGGUGGGGGACCUUUCUUGAUACACAUGAGAAACUGUUGAGCGUGAUAAACCCAGCAGCAUUGUAGUUCUUGACACAAACAUGUGUGCCUGGCACCUACUACCAUACCCCGUUCAAAGGCACUUAAAUAUUUAUCUUGCCCAUUCACCCUCUGAAUGGCACACAUACACAAUCCAUGUCUCAAUUGUCUCGAGGCUUAAAAAUCCUUAAUUAACAUGUCUCCUCCCCUUCAUCUACACUGAUUGAAUUGGAUUUAACAAGUGACAUCAGUAAAGGAUCAUAGCUUUUACCUGGAUUCACUUGGUCAGUCUAAGUCAUGGAAAGAACAGGUGUUCAUAAUGUUUUGUAUCCUCAGUGUCUACUGUAUGUCAGUGCCUGACUGUGAAUGUUACACUUUGCUUUUCCAGGGUUUUCUGGGGGGAAAAAGUGGCAAUUGUUACUGAGUGGACUGUCUUGGCUAAAUUAAAUGACUGUUAAUUCUGUGGCUAUAGAGUACUGGGGUGUCUCGGGUUUUGUGUAACCUCUCUCUCGUUCCUCCAUAUAGAAUAGUGUUACCAUCAGAUCCGACUGGGUCUCUGCGUCAUUCCAAUCAAUGUCUCAUCUCCAUAAGCUCCCAAGUUACAGGUAGGUAAUGUGGGGUGGAGAGGUGACUCAUUACUUUAGCCCUCUUCGGACAGGAUACAUUUUAAUGGGGGAGCUCAGGUAAUGUAAUUAUGUGCACGAGCACAAAUCACCACAUCCGUAAUUUGGUAAAACUGGUUAAACUAAUCCCGUCCAAAUUGUCCACUGGAAAAACUGACAUUCUCUGGUAAUAAUUACAUAACCGACGUUCUAUAGUAAUACUAGUCCUGUGCGAAUAGGGCUUUUGUGACAUAUUGUGGUUGAAUUAUUUAUUUAUUUUUUGUGAUAUCCACAUGGCAGUAAGCCCUAUUCGGAGGGGAUACAUUUUACUGGGGGAGCUCAGGUAAUGUAAUUAUGUGCACGAGCACAAAUCACCACAUCCGUAAUUUUAGUCCUGUCCGAAUCUGCCAUGGCAGUAAUUUGUACAUGGCAGGAAGGUUAUUAUCCCAGCCCUAAAAACCUACAGUUUUUUGGCAAACUCCCAGUUCAUCCCUGUGUUUUGAGGGAUCUUACAGAGUUUAACAGAUGCUGCACCCAGUUUGGGUAAGAACUUGGGAACAAAUUGAUGCUUAAAACAAAGUGCUAUGCACGUAGCCUACAGCUGAAUGAACUGUUUUGUCACAUAUCAACUUUCCUAGUGCCAUACUUCUCUUUUAAAAGAUGAAGUGGACGAUAUUGUGCCAAUGAAUUGAUAAAUUGCCAAAUAUGUCAGGUAAUUAAAUGUCUGCAUAGGUUACAGUUCAUGGUUCUUAAAGAUUAUGUACUUUUUACUCGAUACAUUUUCCCUGACACCCAAAAGUACUCGUUACAUUUUGAAUGCUUAGCAUGACAGAAACAUUGUCCAAUUCACGCACUUAUCAAGAGAACAUCCCUGGUCAUCCCUACUGCCUCUGAUCUGGCGGACUCACUAAACACACAUGCUUCGUUUGUAAUUGAUGUCUGAGUGUUGGAGUGUGCCCCUGGCUAUCCAAAAACUAAAAUAAAAUUAAAAUGGUGCUGUCUGGUUUGCUUAAUAUAAGGAAUUUGGAAUAAUGUAUACUUUUACUUUUGUACUUAAGUAUAUUUGAGCAAUUACAUUUACUUUUGAUACGUAUAUUUAAAACCAAAUACUUUUAGACUUUUACUCAAGUAGUAUUUUACUGGGUGACUUUCACUUUUACUUGAGUAAUUUUCUAUGAAGAUAUCUUUACUCUUACUCAAGUAUGACAAUUGGGUACUUUUUCCACCACUGUACAUAACCAAGUCCUAUAGUAAUACUAGAGUGCAAAGCUGUCAUCAAGGCAAAGGGUGGCUAUUUGAAGAAUCUCAAAUAUGAAAUAUAUUUUGUUUUUAUUAACACUUUUUUUGGUUACUACAUGAUUCCAUAUGUGUUAUUUCAUAGUUUUGAUGUCUUCACUAUUAUUCUACAAUGUAGAAAAUAGUACAAAUAAAGGAAAACCCUUGAAUGAGUAGGUGUGUCCAAACUUUUGACUGGUACUGUAUUUUUGUAUUUGUUAUUGUUUACUUCGGUUUAUUUCGUAAAUAUUUUCUUAACACUUAUUUUUCUUAACUGCAUUGUUGGUUAAGGGCUUGUAAGUAAGUGUUUCACUAUAAGUUCUACACCUGUCGUAUUCGGUGCAUGUGACAUAAAAUUUGAUUUGAUUUGUGAUUUGAUUUGACAAUUUGUACAUUUAGGAGACUCAGUUUUGUUGAUUAAGGGCUGUAUUCAAAUCUUAUCGCUGAAGUUCAGCUUUACAGCGUAAUUGAAAUGUAAAGGCUAUGUCCCCGCUUUUGCGAAGACUGCAUUCGCGGUAAACGCUUAAAAUUACCUUAACAUUUCUAGUGCACAAUCUGUAACGCUUCAGGCGAUACAGCUUGAAUAGAGCACUAAUUUGCAUACAUACAGUGGGGCAAAUAAGUAUUUAGUCAGCCACCAAUUGUGCAAGUUCUCCCACUUAAAAAGAUGAGAGAGGCCUGUAAUUUUCAUCAUAGGUACAUGUCAACUAUGACAGACAAAUUGAGGAAAAAAAAUCAAGAAAAUCCCAUUGUAGGAUUUUUAAUGAAUAUAUUUGCAAAUUAUGGUGGAAAAUAAGUAUUUGGUCACCUACAAACAAGCAAGAUUUCUGGCUCUCACAGACCUGUAACUUCUUCUUUCAGAGGCUCCUCUGUCCUCCACUCAUUACCUGUAUUAAUGGCACCUGUUUGAACUUGUUAUCAGAUAAAAUACACCUGUCCACAACCUCAAACAGUCACACUCCAAACUUCACAAUGGCCAAGACCAAAGAGCUGUCAAAGGACACCAAAAACAAAAUUGUAGACCUGCACCAGGCUGGGAAGACUGAAUCUGCAAUAGGUAAGCAGCUUGGUUUGAAGAAAUCAACUGUGGGAGCAAUUAUUAGGAAAUGGAAGACAUACAAGACCACUGAUAAUCUCCCUCGAUCUGGGGCUCCACGAAAGAUCUCACCCCGUGGGGUCAAAAUGAUCACAAGAAGGGUGAGCAAAAAUCCCAGAACCACACGGGGGGACCUAGUGAAUGACCUGCAGAGAGCUGGGACCAAAGUAACAAAGCCAACCAUCAGUAACACACUACGCCGCCAGGGACUCAAAUCCUGCAGUGCGAGACGUGUCCCCCUGCUUAAGCCAGUACAUGUCCAGGCCCGUCUGAAGUCCAUUUGGAUGAUCCAGAAGAGGAUUGGGAGAAUGUCAUAUGGUCAGAUGAAACCAAAAUAUAACUUUUUGGUAAAAACUCAACUCGUCAUGUUUGGAGGACAAAGAAUGCUGAGUUGCAUCCAAAGAACACCAUACCUACUGUGAAGCAUGGGGUUGGAAACAUCAUGCUUUGGGGCUGUUUUUCUGCAAAGGGACCAGGACGACUGAUCCGUGUAAAGGAAAGAAUGAAUGGGGCCAUGUAUCGUGAGAUUUUGAGUGAAACCCUCCUUCCAUCAGCAAGGGCAUUGAAGAUGAAACGUGGCUGGGUCUUUCAGCAUGACAAUGAUCCCAAACACACCGCCCGGGCAACGAAGGAGUGGCUUCGUAAGAAGCAUUUCAAGGUCCUGGAGUGGCCUAGCCAGUCUCCAGAUCUCAACCACAUAGAAAAUCUUUGGAGGGAGUUGAAAGUAUGUGUUGCCCAGCGACAGCCCCAAAACAUCACUGCUCUAGAGGAGAUCUGCAUGGAGGAAUGGGCCAAAAUACCAGCGCAACAGUGUGUGAAAACCUUGUGAAGACUUACAGAAAACGUUUGACCUGUGUCAUUGCCAACAAAGGGUAUAUAACAAAGUAUUGAGAAACUUUUGUUAUUGACCAAAUACUUAUUUUCCACCAUCAUAUGCCAAUAAAUUCAUUAAAAAUCCUACAAUGUGAUUUUCUGGAAUUUUUUUUCUCAUUUUGUCUGUCAUAGUUGACGUGUACCUAUGAUGAAAAUUACAGGCCUCUCUCAUCUUUUUAAGUGGGAGAACUUGCACAAUUGGUGGCUGACUAAAUACUUUUUUUCCCCACUGUAUGUUGCCAGCAGCAGCAGAUUUCUGUCCUCUUUAAAGUUUUUCUGAAGCACAUGUGCAGAAAGUUAUACAGAGGUUUAGAAAUCAGGAAAAGGCGUCUUGAUGGGCCAUAGAAUAUUAUUGAUAAAAUGCUGUUUGAAGUAUUCACAUCAUGUUCAUAUGAUAUGUCAAUGUAGAAGCAGAGGAGGACAAAGAGCAGGGUGAGUGAUGCAAUAGAAAUAUGUCCUGUAGGUUUAUCAGUAUAAACAUCACAAGGGUUGUGGACUGGAGUGUACAUAUACAGUAUAUACCUCAAUCCUGUAUGUGUUUUUGUGUUCACAGAAAACAGUAGCGCAGAUGGCAAUAGGAAGGUCGACGUGGAAAAGAGUGAUGACAGUGAUGAAGGCAGCAAUGACUAUGUCAAUACUAAAGGUAUGGCCCACAUUGGCACAUUGAAUAGAAUCACUUUUCAGGAAUGUGAUUUUUUCCUGAUUAAUCAGGAAUCCCUGCUUUUUUGACAGUUGUAAUAACCCAUGGAACUCUUUAUGCCUUGGAAGGAGUGAGGGAGUAGCACUUUAAAACUGAUUACUUUAUUACUAACCCGGAUCGUCAUCCCUGUGUUUUUGAGGGUUAUCAUAAGGUGAAUGCACCAAUUUGUAAGUCGCUCUGGAUAAGAGCAUCUGCUAAAUGACGUAAAUGUAAUAUUAAAGUUUAACAGGUGCUGCACCCAGUUUGGGUAGAACAUGGGAACAGAUUAAUGCUUAAAACAAAGUGCUAUGCACGUAGCCUACAGAUGAAUGAUCUGUUUUGUCACAUAUCAACUUUCCUAGUGCCAUACUUCUCUUUUAAAAGAUGAAGUGGACGAUAUUGUGCCAAUGAAUUGAUAAAUUGCCAAGUACGUCAGGUAAUUAAAUGUCUGCAUAGGUUACAGUUAAUGGUUCUUAUAGACCCUUUUCCAGUACACGACACAAUGACGUCACGCACAGAUGCUCGCGACUCUUGGCGUCAGUAAGAAAGCCAUCGCCAUCUGUACCCAUUCAACAUAGCCUAGAUUUAAGUUUUUAUUACUUCUAAACAAAAUAAACGUAUACUCUUACAAUGAUGUUUUGAUUCUUGCUUGAACAGUCGCUAACAUUUUAUUUGGUUGUGAUCUUUGCAAAAUAACUAUUUUGGAUGCAGCAGUUGUUAGCUAGAACGCUAACGCUCAUUGAUAUAGGCUGUAGCAAAAGCUAGCCAAAGAGCCAUUUUACUGGUUGAAGUUGAAGUGUAUUUUAAGUAUAAUGCAGUUGAUUUGUGAUGAUGACAAACAUUAUAUUAAGCAGGACAUUCAUAGGAGCCUUAAAAUCAAAUUAUAAUCCAAAAGUAGUGUGAAAUGCACUCAUAAGCAACAUGUAAAUAGAGGCAAUUUCUGCUGCCGUUCUAUAAAGAACUCCCCCUUGUUCUGCCACCAACUUGCGCGCAACGCCCUCGUGCAGCAAUGUUUGUAAACACAGAAAGGGGUCUAUAGAUAUGCAUUAUUAUUUUGAAUUUCUCAGAACUGAAGGCCAUUAGGUUAAGUGGCGAUUUUUAGCAUGUAAAUCUUGGUGGCACAAACUCAACAAAAAAAAAUCUUAGAUGCAUGUUAGGGCAUAAACAAAGCUGUUUCAACAGCAGAGCUUUCUUUUCAAAACCAUGGAGUGAAUCCUUAGCACAGCUACAUCUGACUAUCGGCGGAGCCUUGUCUGGCAGCCCUAUUAACUGCCUUUAAAAAAAACAUAGCUGAUAUGGCUGAAUUGCUUAAACAAAUGUGGUUUCUACUGACAAUUGAGAAGUACAAACCAUGGCAUUAGGGAACGAUGAGCGGAUAAGAGGCAAUCCGUAAUUUCGAUUAAGAAAUUAAUGAGUGAGCUAAGACGGACGUAGUCAAUAUAACUAUUUGUUCAGCACUUUUUAAAUGUACAGCGACAGAAUUCAAAACAUGGGACGUUCUUACAGUAUUCUCCCUGUACACCAAGUAGGAACUGUAGGAUAAAUAAAGGGGGUAUAUAAGCAGACAAUGAAAGCUCCUACAAUAUUCGAUGAUGACAUUUCACUAAAACAGGCUAUAGGCUACAUGUGCACCACCAAGUCAGAACAGUAGACUAAGUUAUGAGGGGGAAAGGGACCAAUUUAUUAGGGUGAGGCACAUGGGCUACUAACAACUUACUACACAUUUAGUAUUACUUUCUUAGCUACAGUAUACAGUGGGGAAAAAAAGUAUUUAGUCAGCCAACAAUUGUGCAAGUUCUCCCACUUAAAAAGAUGAGAAAGGCCUGUAAUUUUCAUCAUAGGUACACGUCAACUAUGACAGACAAAUUGAGAAGAAUAAAAUCCAGAAAAUCACAUUGUAGGAUUUUUAAUGAAUUUAUUUGCAAAUUAUGGUGGAAAAUAAGUAUUUGGUCACCUACAAACAAGCAAGAUUUCUGGCUCUCACAGACCUGUAACUUCUUCUUUAAGAGGCUCCUCUGUCCUCCACUCGUUACCUGUAUUAAUGGCACCUGUUUGAACUUGUUAUCAGUAUAAAAGACACCUGUCCACAACCUCAAACAGUCACACUCCAAACUCCACUAUGGCCAAGACCAAAGAGCUGUCAAAGGACACCAGAAACAACAUUGUAGACCUGCACCAGGCUGGGAAGACUGAAUCUGCAAUUGGUAUGCAGCUUGGUUUGAAGAAAUCAACUGUGGGAGCAAUUAUUAGGAAAUGGAAGACAUACAAGACCACUGAUAAUCUCCCUCGAUCUGGGGCUCCACGCAAGAUCUCACCCCGUGGGGUCAAAAUGAUCACAAGAACGGUGAGCAAAAAUCCCAGAACCACACGGGGGGACCUAGUGAAUGACCUGCAGAGAGCUGGGACCAAAGUAACAAAGCCUACCAUCAGUAACACACUACGCCGCCAGGGACUCAAAUCCUGCAGUGCCAGACGUGUCCCCCUGCUUAAGCCAGUACAUGUCCAGGCCCGUCUGAAGUUUGCUAGAGUGCAUUUGGAUGAUCCAGAAGAGGAUUGGGAGAAUGUCAUAUGGUCAGAUGAAACCAAAAUAUAACUUUUUGGUAAAAACUCAACUCGUCGUGUUUGGAGGACAAAGAAUGCUGAGUUGCAUCCAAAGAACACCAUACCUACUGUGAAGCAUGGGGGUGGAAACAUCAUGCUUUGGGGCUGUUUUUCUGCAAAGGGACCAGGACGACUGAUCCGUGUAAAGGAAAGAAUGAAUGGGGCCAUGUAUCGUGAGAUUUUGAGCGAAAACCUCCUUCCAUCAGCAAGGGCAUUGAAGAUGAAAUGUGGCUGGGUCUUUCAGCAUGGCAAUGAUCCCAAACACACCGCCCGGGCAAUGAAGGAGUGGCUUCGUAAGAAGCAUUUCAAGGUCCUGGAGUGGCCUAGCCAGUCUCCAGGUCUCAAACCCAUAGAAAAUCUUUGGAGGGAGUUGAAAGUCUGUGUUGCCCAGCGACAGCCCCAAAACAUCUCUGCUCUAGAGGAGAUCUGCAUGGAGGAAUGGGCCAAAAUACCAGCAAGAGUGUGUGAAAACCUUGUGAAGACUUACAGAAAACGUUUGACCUGUGUCAUUGCCAACAAAGGGUAUAUAACAAAUUAUUGAGAAACUUUUGUUAUUGACCAAAUACUUAUUUUCCACCAUAAUUUGCAAAUAAAUUCAUAAAAAAUCCUACAAUGUUAUUUUCUGGAUUUAUUUUCCUCAUUUUGUCUGUCAUAGUUGACGUGUACCUAUGAUUAAAAUUACAGGCUUCUCUCAUCUUUUUAAGUGGGAGAACUUGCACAAUUGGUGGCUGACUAAAUACUUUUUUCCCCCACUGUACAUAUCUCCCUGGCAUAUUGCAUCAUUUAUGCAGCAGCAAACAAUAAAUUUUUGGACUCACUUGAACAGGAAGAUGGCGCGGCAGUCCUUCUUGUGGGCAAACUUUGUCAUUAAACUUUGUCAUCAAAUAUGGCAUUCUCUGGAUUUAUGGUGCUUUCAAGACAACUGGGAACUCUGGAAAAAAAACGAGGUUGAAUCAUGAUGUCAGUGAUCUUCAGGUCGGAGCUCUAGAAAGAGGCCCGAGUUGGAUGACCGUUCAAAACAUGUUUUCCCAGUCGGAGCUCGUUUUUUUCCGAUUUCCCAGUUGUCUUAAACUCACUGAAGUCUGAGAUUUCCCAGUUCCUAGUUUCCAGUUGUUUUGAAUGCGGCUAAAGUCAUGCUGGAUUGAAAGCAUGGCCAAUGUAUUCAACCUUUUCUGGCCCAUGGUGUCGCGUGUGAACACUUGCAGUUAGCCACUGAUUCCUUCCAAACCACUCAUUGUUGAAUUUGCGAUUUCCAACUUGUUGCGUAAUGUUUAUGGCCGAUGAGCCACGAUACGUUUUAUCUAUAAUUUCUCUUCAUAUGACAAGGAUUGAAAAGGAUUUGCCAGUAUAUUGUCGACGUGAUUCAUGAUGAUGACUGCUUGUCUAGCUUGCUAGCUAAGAUUUUGAAAGUAUGAUGUUGACGUGAUCAGUCCAAUCAAAGCUACGGUAGAUAUAACGUGAUUUGACGUCAUUUUAUCUGUGGCCAAUGACUUUGAGCCUUCUUGGAUGGGCACUUCUAAUGUAAAUAUAUGGCAGCACCCAAGGGGGCUUGAACUUUCGAGCUCUCCCUGGCUGCAGUCCAACAUUUUUAUUUGUACCCCCUCAGCCCUCGCGCUAGUCACUUUCCUUUGGGGGAAUCCCCGUCGAAACCGGAUGCAGUUUGAUUGUCAUCUUAAGCGGAGGUUCAAUUCACUAACGUUACCCCCUCGAUUUAGCUUGAGGGAGCGAGUGAAGAACUAAGAUCACUUAUGGGGUUGAUAUGACCCACUAUUCAAUGCAAACUGUUGUCACGUGUCAUACUCCGGUGGCUGCAAAGUGUCAAAUGUAAUCAACACAGUUGCAAAAUUAUGAAGCUAGCUUGCAAAAAAAAAUAUAUAGAUUACAUUGAUUUUAGCAUUGGAAAAUUGGCUUAGUCUCUUAGUGAGGACUCUAUAAAACGUAGCUAGCUUCAUAAACAUAGCUUUGGGAAUUCUGAAAUGUAUUGGAAGAAAUUACCAAAUAAAACUAGCUAGCUAGCUAUGGGUAACUGUAGCUAGCUAGUUACCUGACAGGAGUGCUAGCUAGCUAUGUUAGCUUGCUAGGUACAGUAAUAGCUUUAGGUUGGUUGUUUUUAAGCUCAAUUUCAAGAUUUCCACCAAGGACGUUGCCUCUCCGAUCAUCACUCUCCCUCGCUUGGGCAAGGAACAUUUAAGGUACACUCGGAUGUGAUGUAAAACGUUAUUCAAGGACUGCGGGUUUAGGGCAGAGGGCUGUCUACUUUGAAUUUGGACUGGGUCCCCUGUAGAUUUUGCGGUAACGUAGUGUUCCCAUGAGUGACAGAAUACUGAGCCAAUCACGGCGCAACUAGAGAAGAUUACCAACCCCUACGCCCUGUAUUUUCCGCUGGCUGCCCCAGCACCACAUAAAGCACCUGUAUUUUGGAGCUGCCUUAUUCAAGAAAGCAAAAAAGAGACCAUGUUUAUAUGCGGCUUUAUUAACUCAAUAUUUUUUUGCGUUCUGCCCCACCUACCCUGAAUGACGGGUGGCCACUGAUUAGGUCAAUAUUAGGCUAUCCCUAGACAUUUGAAAUAUCUUCACGCCUAGAAGAGCCUCCAGGCUUCCGUCAUAACGGUCAAUUUUGAAUGAGGAAAAAAAAGAAUUACAGGGGCAGUUUGGUAAAACUAAUCCCAUUCGAAUCGUCCACUGGAAAAACUGACAUGCUGGGGUAAUAAUUACAUAACUGACGUUCUAUAGUAAUACUAGUCCCGUGUGAAUAGGGCUUUAAAGACACUUAAAUACAUGGAUAUUACAAUACAUACACAAUAAAACAUUUCAGUUGAAAUCACAAGUGCAAUGCAUGCCAAUAUGUACAUUUAGGAGACUCAAAAGAGUUUUGUGGAUUAAGGGCUGUAUUCAAUCCUUAUCGCAGAAAUUCAGCUUUCGCGGAGACUGCAUUCAUUGUAAACACUUAAAAUUACCUUAACAUUUCUAGUGCACAAUCUGUAACGCUUCAGGCGAUACAGCUUGAAUAGAGCACUAAUUUGCAUACAUAUGUUGCCAGCAGCAGCAGAUUUCUGUCCUCUUUAAAGUUUUUCUGAAGCACAUGUGCAGAAAGUUAUACAGAGGUUUAGAAAUCAGGAAAAGGCGUCUUGAUGGGCCAUAGAAUAUUAUUGAUAAAAUGCUGUUUGAAGUAUUCACAUCAUGUUCAUAUGAUAUGUAAAUGUUAGAAGUAGAGGAGGACAAAGAGCAGGGUGAGUGAUGCAAUAGAAAUAUGUCCUGUAGGUUUAUCAGUAUAAACAUCACAAUGGUUGUAGGACUGGAGUGUACAGAUAAAGUGUACUUGGAAAGUAUUCAGACCCCUUCACUUUUCCCACAUUUUGUUACGUUACGGCCUUAUUCUAAAAUUGAUUAAAUAAAUAAAAAUCCUCAUUAAUCUACACACAGUACCCCAUAACGACAAAGCGAAAACAGAUUUUUUGGAAAUGUCUGCUAUAUUAUUAAAAAUAAAAAACAGGUACCUUAUUUACAUAAGUAUUCACACCGUUUGCUAUGAGACUUGAAAAUUGAGCUCAGGUCAAAUCAAAUCAAAUCAAAUUGUAUUUGUCACAUGCGCAGAAUACAACAGGUGUAGACCUUACAGUGACAUGCUUACUUACAAGCCCUUAACCAACAAUGCGGUUUUAAGAAAAAUAAGUGUUAAGUGAACAAUAGAUAAGUAAAUAAACAAUAAAAAAAUUGACUAAUAAUGAAAGAGCAGCAGUAAAAUAACAAUAGCGAGGCUAUAUACAGGGGGUACCGGUACUGAGUCAAUGUGCGGGGGCACCGGUUAGUCGAGGUAAUUGAGGUAAUAUGUACAUGUAGGUAGAGGUAAAGUGACUGCAUAAAUAAUAAACAGAGAGUAGCAUCAGCGUAAAAAUAGAGGGGGGGUGGGCAAUGCAAACAUUCUGGGUAACCAUUUGAUUAGCUGUUCAGGAGUCUUAUGGCUUGGGGGUAGGUGCAUCCUGUUUUCAUUGAUCAUCCUUGAGAUGUUUCUACAACUUGAUUGGAGUCCACCUGUGGUAAAGUAAAUUGAUUGGACAUGAUUUGGAAAGGCACACACCUGUCUAUAUAAGGUCCCACAGUUGACAGUGCAUGUCAGAGCAAAAACCAAGCCAUGAGGUCGAAGGAAUUGUCCGUAGAGCUCAGAGACAGGAUUGUGUCGAUGCACAGAUCUGGGGAAGGGUACCAAAACAUUUCUGCAGCAUUAAAGGUCCCCAAGAACACAGUGGCCUCCAUCAUUCUUAAAUGGAAGAAGUUUGGAACCACCAAGACUCUUCCUAGAGCUGGCCGCCUGGCCAAAUUGAGCAAUUGGGGGAGAAGGGCUUUGGUCAGGGAGGUGACCAAGAACCCGAUGGUCACUCUGACAGAGCUCCAGAGUUCCUCUGUGGAGAUGGGAGAACCUUCCAGAAGGACAACCAUCUCUGCAGCACACCAAUUAGGCCUUUAUGGUGGAGUUUGCCAAAAGGCACCUAAAGGACUCUCAGAUCAUGAGAAACAAGUUUCUUUGGUCUGAUGAAACCAAGAUUGAACUCUUUGGCCUGAAUGCCAAGCGUAAUGUCUGGAGGAAACCAGGCACCGCUCAUCACUUGGCCAAUACCAUCCCUACGGUGAAGCAUGGUGGUGGCAGCAUCAUGCUGUGGGGAUGUUUUUCAGUGGUAGGGACUGGGAGACUAGUCCGGAUCGAGGGAAAGAUGAACGGAGCAAAGUACAGAGAGAUCUUUGAUGAAAACCUGCUCCAGAGCACUCAGGACCUCAGACUGGGGCGAAGGUUCACCUUCCAACAGUACAAUGACCCUAAGCACACAGCCAAGACAACGCAAGAGUGGCUUCGGGACAAGUCUCUGAAUGUCCUUGAGUGGCCCAGCCAGAGCCCAGACAUGAACCCGAUCGAACAUCUCUGGAGACCUGAAAAUAGCUGUGCAGCGACGCUCCCCAUCCAACCUGACAGAGCUUGAGAGGAGUAAUCGCUGCCCAAGGUGCUUCAACAAAGUACUAAGCAAAGGGUCUGAAUACUUAUGUAAAUGUGUAUCCGUUUUUUGUUUUUAAUAAAUUUGCAAAUUGUUCUACAAAUCAGUUUUUGCUCUGUCAUUAUGGGGUAUUGUGUGUAGAUGAUGAGGGGGGGGGGGAAACAAUUUAAUCCAGGUUAGAAAAGGCUGUAACGUAAACAAAAUGUGGAAAAAGUGAAGAGGUCUGAAUACUUUUCGAAUGCACUGUAUACCUCAAACCUGUUUGUGUGUUCACAGAAAACAGUGGCGCGGAGGACAAUAUGAAUAUCGAUAUGAAUGUCGACGUGGAAAAGAGUGAUGACAGUGAUGAAGGC